AUGUUUUAUUGUUUAGAUGAAACUCGUUUCACUCAUACCUUGAAAAAACAAAUCGUAUCACUUAUUAUCGAUAUUGAUACAAAUGGAAGACAAACAUCAACGAAAGAUGUUAAUGUAAUUUUAUUUACUCAAAUACUAAGUACAUUUACUAAUUUACAAUCAUUAAAAUUUGGUCUAUCUUCAAUAUGGUAUCAAUUAUUAGCUUUUUCUAUUCCACCGUCAACUGUUAUCACUUCAACUCUAUUAGAAUUGCAUUGUGAUAUGAGUACAACUUAUUAUGAUGAAUUGAUUGUACCACUGUUACAUCGAAUGAUAGAUUUAGAACAACUUGAUUUGUCUCUUUUUGUUUGUGGAAGAAAAACAUUCGUUGAUGGUUAUGAUUUGAAUAGAAAUGUUAUUGAUCAUAUGGCACAAUUAAAUACAUUUACAUUCAAUAUUCGUUCUGAGAGUCGUUUUUAUAAUAAAGUUAAUUUACCAUCAAAUGAAGACAUUCAAAAGACAUUCAAGAAUUUUAAAAAUAAUAAAAUUAUUUCUUGUGUUGAUUAUUUCCAAGACAUGAAUUAUAAUCAAUGUCAUAUUUAUUCUCAACCAUAUAAAUUGAAACAUUAUCAUAAUAUAACAAAUAAGUUUUCUCGUGGAUUAUUUAUAUGUGUUCGUGAAGUAUCAUUAUUUGAUGAACGUCCAUUUGAACAUGAAUUUUUUCUUCUUAUUCAGAAAUCAUUUCCAUUAAUGGAAAACUUAACUGUAAUUAAUAGAAAACGAUAA